AUGGCGGAGUGGCGCACUUCGACGCACUGCAGCCGUUGGAUCUUCAGCGCCGCUGAGCUGGCGACGAUGCGCGCCAAGAACAACCAGCGCGCCGUCGAUGCCAUCCAGAAGCACGGCCACAGCAGAGUGGAGCCGUCGACCAAUCCCGCGCUGGUUGAGUCCAGGGGCCAAUCGGACGCUGCCACGUCAGCGGACGGCCACACAGCAGCAACAGCAGCAGGAAGAGGGGCGGAAGGGGAAGGCAAUCCGGGGGUAGGGCAGGCGGAAGCAGGAGAAGGUAGGACAGGGGAAAACGGAGGAGGGGGCAAUGGGGGCAACGGGGGGAACGGGGCGGAUGGGGCGGGUGGGGAUGCACCGCGGCCGAAGCCGCUGAGUGAGGAGGAGGAGCGGGUGAUGUGUCGGUACUACGAGGGCAAGAUCCAAGAAGUCUGCGCCGCCUUCCGCUUCCCCUACAAGAUCUACUCCACCUCGCUACAGUACUUCAAGCGCUUCUUCCUCAUGUGCUCAGUCAUGGAGCACGACCCUAAAAGCAUCAUGUUAACGGCCAUCUACAUAGCGUGCAAGGUGGACGAGGUGUAUGUGUCAGCAGAGGAGUUUGGAAGGGGCAUAGGGCAGGACCCGCAGGUGGUGCUGGGCUGUGAGGUACUCGUGCUGCAGACGCUCAAGUUCGACCUCAUCUGCUACGGGCCGUACCGCGCUAUUGAUGGCUUCCUGCUGCAGUUGGAGCAGCUGCUAGGGGAGCCAUUCGCGUCUCAGCCUGAGGACAUGAAGAAGCAAACCAUCCAGGCGCUGACACAUGGGGCAUAUGCAGCAGUGGGGUCGAUAUUUCUCACCGACGCACCUCUGCUCUUCCCCCCAGGGCAGCUGGCGCUAGCAGCCAUCAAGCUUGCCAACAACGCCUCCUCCGCCAUCCCCAACUUCCAAAGUUUUCUUGACUCCGUGGUGGCUGCAUCCCCCCCUGCCAAGGCAGCACCAGGGAAGGUGGUGACUGGGGGAGGGGCGGGGCAGGGGCAUGUGGGGGCGGAGCUGCUGGCUGCUGUGAAGACCGUUGAGAGCAUGGUGAAGGCGUCUGGGCCGCUACCAGCAGCAGAUGUGGUGAAGCGCAUCGACAGGAAGCUCAAAUACUGCCGCAACCCUGCUCUCAUGCUGCACGAUCGCAAGGAGCGCAAGGAGAGGAGCAAGUCCAAGCGGGCACCGCACAGCGUUGCGCUCACUGCCGCACCGCCUGUUACCUCCUCCCCUCUGGAGGAUGCAGCAGCACGCAAUGCCAAGAGAAGGCGAAGCACAAGCACUCUUCCGCAGGGCACGUAG